AGGCGAGGGCCGCGGGGCUUCGGGCCCGGGAGGCGGCGGGCCCCCAUUCUCGGGGACGCGGAGCCGCAUCUACGAGGGAGCGACCCGGAACCCGGCAGGCCUGAAACCCUUCACGAGUCCGCGCGCAAUCCUCCGGGUCCGGUUGGGGCAACGCCGGGCGCGGCGGCGGGAGUGGGCCGCUCCCCAGCCCGGCCACCGGUCCCCGGGCCGCGGACACGUGAGGACGGCGCGCGCGUGCGCGGAGGGGCUGCCCACGGUCCGCACGCGCAGGCCCACCAUCUGCGCCUGCGCAAGACAGACCGAGCAGCCGGCGGCGUACGCGGGACGAGGCGUCGGGCGGCAGUGCUAAGGACGGCGCGCACGCAGGCACGCCGCUGCACCCCCCAGGGCUCAGCUGCCACGCGCGGGCCUAGGUGCCCAUGACGCCUAUGCCGACCGCUGCGCGGACACCAGUGCUGCCACCAGCUCGCCACAGCGCCCGGGCCCCGAUGCCGGUCAUGCCCAUCCCGCGGCGGGUGCGCUCCUUCCACGGCCCGCACACCACCUGCCUGCACGCGGCCUGCGGGCCGGCACGCACCUCCCGCCUGGCCCGCACCAAGUACAACAACUUCGACGUGUACGUGCGCGCGCGCUGGCUGUACGGCUUCAUCCGCUUCCUGCUCUACUUCAGCUGCAGCCUGUUCACCGCCGCGCUCUGGGGCGCGCUGGCCGCGCUCUUCUGCCUGCAGUACCUGGGCGUGCGCGUCCUGCUGCGCUUCCAGCUCAAGCUGUCGGUGCUGCUGCUGCUGCUGGGCCGCCGGCGCGUGGACUUUCGCCUCCUCAACGAGCUGCUCAUCUACGGCAUCCGCGUGACGGUGCUGCUGGUCGGGGGCCUGGGCUGGUGCUUCAUGGUCUUCGUGGACAUGUGAGGGCCCUGCCUGGGCCUCCGUCGCGGGGUGUCUUCCCCGAGGCCCGUGCUUCGCCUGACCGGCUGGGUCGGGACUCCUCCCGCCUCGCGGGUCUGGGCGGGGGGGGGGGGGGGGGGGGGGGGGGGGGGGGCG